CACAGGUAUUCCACAGUGUGCGAUACACAUCAAGGUUUGUUUAACUCGAGUGGUAAAUAUACGAAGCAUGCUGUCUGAUCGCUCGCAAGGGAACAGGAUCAUAUUCCGAAGAACUCGCGGCGCGAGAUGUAAACACGCACACACCGAUUUCAUUCAGCGAUCUACAGUCAGCUACAUCACUUGGUUACAAAGCCGACAUAUGUACUAUGGUCUUUGAGGACAAACAUUACUAUUCAACAUAGAAAUAUUGGUGUCGACAUCUAGUAGGGCUACAUCGGAAUAGACAGGGUAUUGUUGGCAGUAGCCAUAAGAAUAUUUCAGUUUCACCAUGGUGGACGGGGAUUCCAUGACCAACGGAAACGCAGCAAAUGGUGUCGCUGCUCCAGCAGGCAACUCUGCGGACAGUCAAGUCGUCUACCGACCAAAUAAGAAUGGCGAUUCUGAUGUUGAAACCAGACUAGCCGAUAAAGCGAGAGAAGCCGGCGAUGAUGAUGCUGGAUCCACCACGGACAGCAAUGUGGAGCUCAAACGCGAGAUCACGCUUUUCGGCGGUGUCGCGGUCAACGUCGGUGUCAUCAUCGGCUCCGGCAUCUUCAUCUCGCCGAAGGGUGUCCUGAUCGGGUCGGGGAGUGUCGGUAUGACCAUGGUGAACUGGGCUAUCUGCGGGGUGUUCUCUAUGGUUGGAGCCCUGUGCCUUGCUGAGCUGGGGACGAUGAUCCCGUCAUCGGGAGGCUUCUAUGUGUACGCCCAGCAGAGCUUCGGAAACUUCUGGGCCUUCUUGUUGCUGUGGACGAUGAGUAUGAUGAUGCAGCCGGUAGCCAUUGCGGUGAUCACAUUGACGUGUGCUCAGUAUGUACUUGAACCUUUCUUCAUGAUGGCCGAAUGUGAUCCUCCUGGCUCUGCUAUUAGUAUUCUGGCAAUAUGUGCGCAAUUUACGGUUAUGUACGUCAACUGUCGGAGCGUGAAGUUAGCGACCAGCGUCCAGUCCAUCUUCACUGUUGCCAAGCUAGCAGCGCUCUCCAUAAUCAUCAUCUCGGGCUUAGUCUUACUUGGAAAAGGAAAUACACAGAAUUUUGAGAACUCAUUCGAAGGAACAGAACUGAGUGGAUUGGGGAUCGCCCUGUACUCUGGUCUAUUUUCAUAUGCCGGAUGGUACUCUCUCAACAUUGUUGUGGAAGAACUGAAAGACCCAUACAAAAAUCUUCCUCGUGCCAUCGUCAUCACCAUUGUCACUGUAACGAUAGUCUACGUCCUAACAAACAUUGCUUACUUCGCUGCCCUUUCACCGGAAGAACUCCUCGCUUCGAAUGCCGUGGCAGUGACAUACGGGGCUAAGGUUCUCGGAAGCUUUGCUUGGAUCAUGCCUGUUGCUGUGGCUCUCUCAACCUUUGGAUCAGCUAAUGGAAACAUGCUGACCUGUUCAAGAUUAUUCUUUGUUGGUGCUCGUGAGAAACAUCUACCUAACCUCCUUUCUAUGAUCAACAUUGAGAGAAAUACACCGGUACCAUCAUUAUUAUUCACUUCUCUGCUCACCAUACUCUACUCACUGGCUGGUGAUGUGUUCACACUUAUCAACUAUUUCAACUUUGUGACGUGGUUCAGCAGCGGUCUAGCAGUAGCCGGUCUCUUAUGGUUGCGUUAUAAGGAACCCGACAGGCCAAGACCAUACAAGGUAAACAUCAUUCUUCCAAUUAUCUUCGUCCUCGCAUGCAUCUUCCUCAUCGUCAUGGGAACCAUCGCCGCACCCCUAGACACUGCUAUCGGUGUCGCUAUCAUGUGCACAGGAAUCCCGGUCUAUUUCUUCAUCGUCAGACCCAAGACGAAACCUGAGAUAGUCGUCAGAGCCAAUGAUUUUGUCACUCGUUGGUUCCAAAAGUUGAUGCUUGUUGUGGCAGAAGAGAGAUAGUGUCAUUCAAAUUGAACAGCCAUCUUGGUACUCUACGCCUCACUGACCAAAAUCUUGAAGUGAGCAGGGCUUCAUCUCACAAAGAAUUGCUAUGGAAUCAAUUGUUAUUAAAUUGUAAUAAUAAUGUCAGCUUGUGUAGUUAAGAGAUUGGAAAUUUAGAUCAAUGAGUAUUUGAGUCUGAAAUGAAUCUAUUUUAAUUUUUUGUGAGACAUGGUCCAGAGGGGGGGAUAACAUAAAGCUUAGUGAUUGAUUGCAGUGCUGACUUCUACAAUCGAUACCAUAGAUUAUUACUGUAUGAUCAAUUGUAAGACUCAGCCUUACACUCAAUCACUAUUAAAGCUGAAUCCAGCCUUGGUCCUUAAAUGUUGGGUUUGAGAAGGAGAAAGAUAAAUAAAACAGAAUCGUGAAAGUUUGAAAGAAAUCGGAUAAGCAAUAAGAAAGUUAUGACUGUUUUGAAAUUGAGAUCCCUAAGAAUAUGUAGAUUUGAAAUUGGCAACUGGGUAAGUAAAUUAUGAAAUGGGGCAAGGACAACUUUCCCUUAGGCCAUGUACUUUAUUGUCAGUGAUUUGUGGUUUUGUUUUAAGUACCGAUUCCUCUGGGGCAGUAACCUAAGUAAAGUACAGGUAGUAUAUUGUUUUAUG